AUGUUUAAUGAUUUAAAUAAAAAAAAAAAAAAAAAGAAAAAAAAUGAAAUAACAAUUGAAACUAUUCAAAAGGAGAAUUCACCUAUAUUAAAAAAAAAGAAUAUAGAUAUAUAUAUUACAUCUAAUAAAUCAAUUAAUAUAUAUUAUGAGAGAAUUUUAAAAAUAUUAAAUAAUUCAAAAGAAGUAGAUAAUAUUAUAGAAGGAAAUAACAAAAUUAAUAACUUAUUGGUAUCAAAUAAUGAAGUUCAUAUAUAUGCAGUUGGAACUAAUAUAAUUAAAGCUUCUUAUUUAGUUCAAGAUUUAAUUAAAUAUUAUUAUCUACUUUUAAAAAAUAUUCAAGAUAGUUCUAAAAAAAACAUAAAAAAAAAAAUUGAUAUAUAUUCUUUUAUAGAUAUUAAAGUAAAUAGCAAAACUCUUAUUAUGAAUGAUAAUGUAAUUUUAAAUAAAUUUUUGAUCAAAGAAGAAUUUUUAAGUGAUAAUUAUGAUGAUUUAAUAAAUUUUUCUAAACAAUCAUAUAAUCAAAAUUUUCAUAAAUAUAUUGAAAAAAAUAAAGAAAGGAGACUUACAAAUGUUAUAAUUUCAUUAAAAAAGAAGAAUGUUGAAUCAUAA